CGGUUCGCCUGGACGAUGAAGCGGCUGGGUCUCGCAGCACUCACAGUCUCUCCUCGCUUCCAGGGUGCACCCUACGACGCGCACACAACUGGGAUGACCGGCGCCAUCAGCUACCACCCCUAUGGCAGCGCGGCCUACCCAUACCAGCUCAACGACCCGGCAUACCGCAAGAACGCCACGCGGGACGCCACAGCGACGCUCAAGGCCUGGCUGAACGAGCACCGCAAGAACCCGUACCCCACCAAGGGCGAGAAGAUCAUGCUGGCCAUCAUCACCAAAAUGACCCUCACGCAGGUCUCCACCUGGUUCGCCAACGCGCGCCGGCGCCUCAAGAAGGAGAACAAGAUGACGUGGGCCCCGAGAAACAAAAGCGAGGACGAGGAUGAGGAUGAGGGCGACGCUGCUAGGAGCAAGGAGGAGAGUCCCGAGAAGGUGCAGGAGGGCACGGAGACCUCUGCCGAGGACGAAGGGAUCAGCCUGCACGUCGACUCGCUCACCGAUCACUCGUGCUCAGCCGAGUCAGAUGGAGAGAAACUGCCCUGCCGAGCCGGGGACCCCCUGUGCGAGUCUGGCUCGGAGUGCAAGGACAAGUACGACGACCUGGAGGACGACGAAGACGAGGAGGACGAGUGUGAGCGGGACCUGGCGCCGCCCAAGCCUGUGACCUCGUCCCCACUUACAGGCGUAGAGGCGCCGCUGCUGAGCCCCCCGCCCGAUGCCGCGCCCCGCGGCGGCGGCGGCGGCAAGACGCCCCUGGGCAGCCGGACGUCACCUGGUGCACAGCCACCCACCAGCAAGCCCAAGCUGUGGUCGCUGGCCGAGAUCGCCACAUCGGACCUCAAGCAAACGAGCCUGGGCCCGGGCUGCGGGCCACCGGGACUGCCAGCGGCUGCGGCACCCGCCUCCUCGGGCGCACCUCCGGGCGGUUCUCCCUACCCCGCUUCGCCGCUGCUCGGCCGCCACCUCUACUAUACGACGCCCUUCUAUGGCAGCUACACAAACUACGGGAACUUGAACGCAGCGCUGCAGGGCCAGGGCCUCCUGCGGUACAAUGCGGCGGCCACGGCCCCCGGCGAGACUCUGCACGCAGCGCCUAAGGCGGCCAGCGACGCGGGCAAGGCGGGCGCGCACCCACUGGAGCAGCACUACCGGACCCCGGGCGGUGGCUACGAGACCAAGAAAGAUGCCAGCGAGGGCUGCACGGUGGUUGGCGCAGGCGUCCAGCCCUACCUAUAGAAGGGCCAGCUCAGCAGUGCAAGUAGGUGUCACAAUUGCUUUGGAAAAAAAAAAAAAAGUCAGCAGGCCAUUCUCUCUUCCCAAGCUCAUAAAUAUACAGAUACAAAAAAACAGAUCUGUAAAUCUGGACCACAUCUUGUGCCACUGUAAAGAGAAGGAUCCACACAGCACUUGAACCCACAGACUCUGACGAUUGGAACACACUGUUGGAUGUAUGUGAAUUUGUUGGCAUAGUCUAGUUUCCCCGAUGUACGUGUGACUUUUGAAAACAAUCUGUUCUUUUCUCAGGAUAUCUCAAAUUGAUCACUUCAUUGCCACGGUAUAUAUUCUAUAGGUGUGAUAGGAUUUACUGUAAAAUUUAUUUGUAAAAGAUGUACACAGUAGAAAUAAAACGUGAUUGAAGAACUUGAGUACUUCAGAAGUGGAAACAAAUUUGAUAUUUAUUUUUAUAAUGAUAUAAAGCUUCUAGUAAUUUAUGCAAGUUGUAUUGCAAUGAAAUCUAAACUUUUUGUAAAUAAAUUCUGCCUGGUUUUUAUUUGAACAUUGCUGGUUAUACAAUCUUUGUUGGUUGUUUAACACGAAUUCUUUACUAAUUUAUAUCUUUAAUUGUAAAUAAAGACAGACUAGUCUACAAUAAUAUGGUGUUUGGGGCUCAUUUUUCCUGAAGAGUGAUUUGGGUUAGAGCCCUAGGGAUAGUAGCCUCCAGGUGAUCUGAGCUCACCUUUUUAAUGAAAAGCUGUGUGACAUAAACUCUCCUUUCUCAAGAGCAUUAAAAAAAAAAAAAAGGCAGAUGUGAGAGAACUACACAAUAGGGCGA